AGGGGGCGGCAGAGCGGCGCGGCGCUUCCUGUGGAGCCGCUCAGUCACAACAAGAGGAGGAAGAGGAAAAACGACAGCUCUGGAUCGUCGUCGACUGCCUUGCGUGACAACACAGGGAUCGCGUUCGGGCUUCGGGUAUAAACAUUUUUAUUCUCCUCCGUGGCUCGUGGCGCGGCGCAGAAAAACCCGCGGUGUUUUCCCAGCUGCUCCUAUCUGACCUGCAUCAUGUCUGAUUUAUUGAGAUAUAUCGACUAUGACCACAAAGCCACCUUCCUGAAGAUGCUCAACCAGCAGAGGAUGGAAGGUGAGCACUGCGACGUGGUGGUGGUGGUGGAGAACAUAGAGUUCAGGGCCCACCGCUGCGUCCUGGCGGCCUGCAGCAACUACUUCAAGAAGCUCUUCAAGAAGCAGAGCGAAGAGGACAACUCCAUCGUGGAGCUGGACUUCAUCCGCUCGGACAUCUUCGAGGAGGUGCUCAACUACAUGUACACGGCCAGGCUGGCCGUGCGGAAGAAGGACAUCAACAUGAUGAUGUCCUCCGGUCAGAUCCUGGGCAUCAACUUCCUGGACAACCUGUGCACGCAGAAGCGCGAGCUGACCAACAUGAAGACCCGGGAGAACCAGGCGCCGGGCGACCACGGGAUGAGGGCCCAGGACGCCAUCCUGAAGGAGCUGGCCAUGGAGGAGGUGAGGAAGAACAGCUUCUUCGAGCACGGGAUGGACAGCAUGGGGCCCGGCGGCUCGCACGUGUCUCAGCCGCACAACUACAACACCAACAUGGGCAAGGACCCUCACAGCCACAGCUGGGGCUCCUCGUCCUCCAGCGACAUGAAGCUGGAGUACCUGCUGUACGGCCACCGCGACCACGGCUCCUGCCAGAGCACGGGGGCCAAGCCCAUGGACCACAACGCCAAAAAGGAGCGGUUGCUCACCGCCAACCGCCCCUACGGCUGCGAGCACUGCCCCAAAGCCUUCACCACCGCCGCCCACCUCAAGGAGCACCUCAAGAUCCACUCCGGCUUCAAGCCGCACCGCUGCGUCGUGUGCGGGAAGGCCUUCAUCAGGGGGCCCGACCUGAAGAGGCACGAGAGGGUGCACAGCAACGAGCGGCCGUUCGCGUGCCAAAUGUGCGAAAAGGCCUUCAAGCACAAGUCCCACCUGAAGGACCACGAGCGGCAGCACCGGGGCGAGCGGCCCUUCAACUGCGGCUCCUGCGACAAAGCCUUCAUCAAAGCGUCGGACCUGAAGCGCCACUGGAACACCAUGCACAGCGGCAACCCCCGCAGACAGAUGUCCCUGUCUCCGGCCGCCUCCCAGCACGGCCAGGGGGACGCCACCGACCAGAGAGACUGGAAAAUGGAGACCGGGCCACACUCGCACAACUCGGGGGACUGUUGAGCCUGCAGACACGAACGCGCGCGCGCACACACUGACGUACAAGACACGCAUACAUGCACAGUUAAAAGGAGGAGGGGGGGGGGGGGGGAAAACAAAACAAAACAAAAAUGUAUACACUGACACAACCACAACCCUGUGACGGGGCCGCGCGGCCCCGAACGUCACACGGACAGUGAUCGGAGUGAGUAACGAGAGAUCAUAGCAUGUUCAUAAGACUGUGGGGAUGUAUUAUUAUUCUAAAGAGUUAUGUCAAAGCGAUGUUUCCUUUCCACCUGUAAAAUCAUGUAAAUGUUUAGUUCACUCUACUAUACAUAUAUUUUUCACAAAGAAUCGUCGCUAUCUAGACGAAGGGGCUCUCAUAACAUUAUUCUCUUUUACUUUAAUGGGAUACGUAACAUUUAAAUGUUUGUUUAACCUUUAACGGAUUUUAUGGAGAUAAAAGAGAGAAGCAGAGUAAGAAGAAGAAGAAGAAGAAGAAAGGGGGGGCGGGGUUCUGCAUAACAUUUGUUGCAUUGAGUAUAUUCAUGUGGAUGUUUUUAAUGGAUGUGUUUAGUUGUAUUGAUUGAUAUUACACUGUAAGAGUAAGAGUCACCAUUUUGCAUUUGACGCAGAUGAUACCAAAGUCUUGGGAUUUUGACGGAUGGUCCCUAAGAGGCCGUCCUGCCCAAGCAACCGGCCGACUAGAUUUACUGUUAUACAGUAUAACUGUCAUCCAGCUAUCAACAGUUAAUGAUAGAUGUCUGUAUAUACUGUAGCUUAGUUUGUUGCACAAUUAGAGUACACGAUAAUGAAUUAUGCACAUAUAUAACAUUGUCCUACUCCCUACACUUUGACAAUAAACACCAUUUGCUGUGUUUUA